AUGUCGUGCCACCGGCAUGCUGGCAAGCAGCCAAAGGGCACACCUAGCCCUCCUGCCAUUGUCGUCGAUCUGCCUGUGUUGCUGCUGGGUCCCAGUGAUGAGAAGCCUUCACCGUCAUCUUUGGAAUCUCAAUGCCUGCACUGCUCAAAGGUGUUCUCUUCCUGCCAAUCUCCUAGGGGGAACAUGGGGAUGCACAGUGAGAAGAAGGUGAUGACCAAGCCUGAUGAAGAACCUGAACCAGCUGGGUUGAUGGAAGCUUGGGCCAAUGCUAAUGGUGAUCACGGGCACAAUGUGAUGCUAUUUUCUCCAGUGAAGCGUAAGCGAUCAAAGAGGGGGAUGCCAGUCCUCAAUUCAGAGAUGAACGCUGCAGCUGCUCUCUUGAUGCUUGCAGAGCAUUCUGACAAGACUUCUGCUUAUGAGGAUUGCUGUGGGGGAGAUAAGGAUGACAACAUUUCAACACCCAUGGUGUUGAAGGAGGUAAAUCUGAAUGCUUUUCAGCAGCUGGAUCAAUCUGAUGAGUUCACAAACAGCGCGAGGCUGAAAUCUGACAAGAAUCCAGCUUAUGAGGGUUUCUAUGAACACUGUGAGAAGGAAAACAGUUUGAAUUUGGUCGCUGAUGCUCCCAAGAAGGAAGUGCUGCUGGAUCUGUUUGAUUAUGAGAUGGAUGUAGAAGCUGAGUUCAUGAAGCCAGGGGCUGACGUUUCAGUCGAGGAUUUGAAGUCCAGUUUGAAUUUGGUUGCUGAUGCUCCCCAGAAGGAAGUGCUGCUGAAUGUGUUUGAUCAUGGGAUGGAUGUAGAUGCUGAGUUCAUGAAGCCAGGGGCUGACAUUUCAGUUGAGGAGUUGAAGUCCAGUGACCUUUCAGCUGCAAUGAACAGCAAGAGGCACCAGUGCAAGGUCUGUGGAAAGUUAUUGAGGUCAGGGCAGGCAUUGGGAGGCCACAUGACAUUACACUUACACUUUGAGAAGAAAAACAAGUUGAGUUUGGUUGCUGAUGUUCCAAAGGAGGUUUUUUUGAAUGCAUUUGAUAAUGAGGUUAACGCAGAUGUUGAGUUCAUGACGCCAGGGGGCUGCAUUUUCAGUGGAGUUGGAAUCAAGUGA